AUUCUAUGGAAUUCACAUAUUCUCCCUAAUUCCAUUGGGAGAAGCAUUUUGUAGUUAAGUAUGUUUCCAGCCUUUAUUACCAACAUGAAUCUCAUUUCAAAUGGAAAAUGCUUUUCUCAAUAUUCCACUGGACCCUCAAUGUCUGGUUCAAAAUGUGGACUCUGACACUCCUAAGGUUCUAUGCCUUUUAGGCAAAUUCCCAUCUGUGUUUCAGUUUUCCUCCUCUAAAUUGAUGAGGGUUGGAGUAGAUGAAUUCUGGAGGCCCUUUCAGCACCAAAUCAAUUGACUUUUGAUGGUUUAGGAGUUGCUGACAUUCAGGGAUAUCAUGGUGGACUUCACUGAGGAGGAGUGGGGGCUCUUGGAUCCUUCUCAGAAAGCGCUGUACAGGGAGGUCAUGCUGGAGAGUGUCCAGAACCUGCUGUCCCUGGAUGUAGAAACUGGGUUCACAAUAAAUGAGAUGAGUAAAAAGCUGGGAAUUUUUGUGGAAGAACAUGACCUACAAAGAUUCAUGGAUGAUGGUUCCUGUGACUUCAAUUUGAAGGAAAUGAGUGAUUUUAUUCUCAAAGUAGAUAGAUAUCCAAAGAGUGAUUGUGAUAUCUCCAGUCUAGCAAAACAUAAGAAAACUCAUACUGGACAGAAGGCUUAUGAAUGUAAUCAAUGUGGAAAGACUUUUAGAUCGAGCUCCCAUCUUGCUAGACAUCAGGGAAUCCACACUGGAGAGAAAUCUUUUAAAUGUAAUCAGUGUGGAAAGGCUUUCAGGUAUAAUUACAAGCUUGCAGAACAUCAGAGAAUCCACACAGGAGAGAAACCUUUUAAAUGUAAUCAAUGUGGAAAGGCUUUCACACGCAGCGACAGUCUUGCAGCCCAUCAGAGAAUUCACACUGGAGAGAAACUUUUUAAAUGUAAUCAAUGUGGAAAGGCUUUUAGAUGCAACUCAAAUCUUGCUACACAUCAGAAAAUCCACACUGGAGAGAAACCUUUUAAAUGUAAUAAAUGUGGAAAGGACUUCACACACAGUUCCAGUCUUGCUUUACAUCAGAGAAAGCACACUGGAGAGAAACCUCUUAAAUGUAAUCAGUGUGGAAAGGCUUUCAGAUUCUCCUCCAAUCUUGCUAGACAUCAGAGAAUUCACACUGGAGAGAAACCUUUUAAAUGUAAUCAGUGUGGAAAGGCUUUUAGACGCAGUGCCCAACUUGCUUUACAUCAGAGAAAGCACACUGGAGAGAAACCUUUUAAAUGUAAUCAGUGUGGAAAGGCUUUUAGAUUCUCCUCCAAUCUUGCUUCACACCAGAGAAUCCACACUGGAGAGAAACCUUUUAAAUGUAAUCAGUGUGGAAAGCAUUUCACAUACAGUUCCAAUCUUGUUUUACAUCAGAGAAAGCACACUGGAGAGAAACCAUUUAAAUGUAAUCAAUGUGGAAAGGCUUUCAGAUUUUCUUCCAGUGUUGUUGCACAUCAGAGAAUCCACACUAAACAGAAACUUUUUAAGUGUAAUCAAUGUGGAAAAGCUUUUACACAUAGUGCCAGUCUUGCUAACCAUCAGAAAAUCCACACUGGAGAGAAACCUUUUAAAUGUAAUCAAUGUGGAAAAGCUUUUAGACGCAGCUCCCAUCUUGCCAGACAUCAAAAAAUCCACACUGGAGAGAAACCUUUUAAGUGUAAUCAGUGUGGAAAGGCUUUCACCAACAGUUCCAAUCUUGCUAAACAUCAGAGCAUCCACAUUGGAGAGAAACCUUUUAAAUGUAAUCAGUGUGGAAAGGCUUUUAAACGAACUGGUCAUCUUGCUACACAUCAGAGAAUCCACACUGGAGAGAAACCUUUUAAAUGUAAUCAGUGUGGAAAGGCUUUCAGAUUCUCUUCCCGUCUUGUUACACAUCAGAGAAUCCACACUGGAGAGAAACCUUUUAAAUGUAAUCAGUGUGGAAAGGUUUUCAGAUUCUCUAGUAGUCUUGUUACACAUCAGAGAGUUCACACAGGAGAGAAGCCUUUUAAAUGUAAUCAAUGUGGAAAGGCUUUUAAACGCAACUCCCAUCUUGCUAAACAUCAGAGAAUUCACACUGGAGAGAAACCUUUUAAAACGUAAUCAAUGUAGAAAGAGUUUUACAUGCAGCUCCCAUCUUGCCAGUCAUCAGAGAAUCCACACUGGAGUGAAACUUUUUUUUUUUUUGGGUGAUUGUUGGUUUUUUUUCUAUUUUGGGUAGGAGAGGAUAGCAGUGGGAAGUAUACUAACCAUGGGACUGUUUGUCCCCGAUCCUCAAAUCUAAAAUAAUAAGGAAGGCAUUAUUACUGUAAUGAUACAAGCAGUAGAACAGAAGUAGAAAAGAACAUUUGAAAAAUGUUUUAUUGAAUUCAUUACUACUCAAAAAAGAAAUUCAAGCUUUGCAGAUUUGUUUCUUGACAUAUUUUUCUGUUUUGUGUAAAUUUAAAAUGUUCAUUUGAUUUCAUUUGUAUGAAUUUCAAUAUUAAAAAAGAAAUCAGAUAUUGA